AUGAGCCAAAAGACAGCAACACCACGGAAAAACUCGAAGCUGUCGGGACACGGAAGUGAUACUUUGAACCUGCCCUCUCCCACAGGAGAGGUAGAGCUGAAGGUGACCACCCAGAGUUCUGGAACUGAGACGAACAACAUGAAACAGCUUCUAAACGAAUUCAAAGGACUUUACGAGCAGAGACUGAGAUGGCUGGAACUGGACACCAAUGCGACCAGCGACGAACUGCUGCAGAAGAAAGAAGAUUUCCUGUGGUCUUAUGUGAAUGACCUCACAGAACAGAACCAGGUGCUGGUCCAGACCAUUGAGGAUCUACAAAUGGAAGCUGACCACAAGUUUUCCAGUUUGGGAAUGAAAGUGCACACCUCUGAUCGUAUCUUGGAUGACCUAAAUCAACAGAGGACAACCCUUGAGCUUAGACAUCAUUUUAGACAUCUGAGGUCAGACAUGAACUCCAUUACGCAACUCAUCCAACAAACUGGACACAUGCGCAACCUUGAAGCCGAGGCCGAAAUGGGGUCUUUGAGGAGCGAGCUCAGCGCCUUAUUUGAGAGAAGGAUGGAAGAAAAAGAGACGAGGAUUAGCCAACUAACGACAGAGCUGAAGGGAGUGGAGCAGAAGAUGAAAGAGAGAGAGGAGCAUGUGAGGCACCUGAACCAGGAUGUGGUUGGUUUGCUAGCCUCCCAGGACUCUCUUAAGACAGCCUUGGCUAUGAGGGAGAAACACACACAACAGCUGGUCCGGGAUAACACGCAGCUCAAAGAAAGCCUGACCUCGCUGCAGAGCAAAUUGCAAAUGAGUGAGCUCAUGUUGAGGGACCUUAGUGAAACCCUGGAUCAGACCAAAAGUGGUCUAGCUACAGAAGGAGAGCAGAAACAGCAGAUCCAGGACCAGCUGCACCAUUGCAACAAAGAAGUAGAGCGUCUUCAGCAGGAACUGAGUCAUGUGCAUCGCGCCGCUGAAAAAAAGAUGCAGAAGAGGGAGAUAAAGAUAUGUGUGCUGGUGAAAGAGCUUGCAGAGAGUAAGAAGCAGCGCUCUGAUUGUCAGAAAGAGUUGCUCCAGAGACAGAAGGAUUUGGAAAAACUGUACCAGGAGAGGGAUGAGCUGAGAGCCAAGAUGGAGGACCAGGGCAGAGAGUGCGUCCACCUAAACCAAACCAAAGAGAGACUGGAGGCUGACUUGGCUCUGAGCCAUGAGAAACUCCACAUCUCGCACCUGGAGGUUCGAAGCAGAAAUCAGUUAAUCCUGCAGUUAAGAGGUGAAAUGAAGACAGCGGAAAAAAAGUAUCAAGGGACACAGGAACAGGUGGCAGCGCUGGAGGAUGAGGUAAGACACUUGAACCACAAAGUCAGAGGACACCAGGAAGAGGCCUGUCAGUUAAGCAGAAAGGUCAGAGAUAUAGAGCACCUUAAAGACCAGAAGAAGAAAGAGCAACAACAGCUACACGAUCAGCUCCGUGUUAGUCAGCAACAGGUUGAGAUUUUUGAAGGGAAGCUAAAGAAGCAGGAGGAUGAGAUGGAACUUCUUCAUCAGCAGCUGAAAGAAGCCAAGGAGGAGCUGAAAAAUGCCACUUUGCAAGCUGAGGAACAGAAAGAAACAGUGGCAAUUUUUAAACAAAAGUACACUGCAGCAAUAGAGAAGGUGCAUCGGGUGCAAGGCCAGGUGGACCUUUUAGAAGAAGAACAACAGUAUUCACAGCAACAGCUAAGAGAGUCCCAAUUAGCAACUCAUUCAGUGAAGAGGGAGCAAGCUGAGCUGGAACAGCGGUACCAGGAAAAGGUUGGCCAAUGGGAGAGCUCGCAGGAGGCCCUUGACCAGUUGACGGAUGAGCUCCAGGCCAAUCAGAACCUACUGAGGGAGAGUCAGCAAAAACUGGAUCACUUCAAAGGCCUGAUAGGAUCCAUGCAGGAGCAGGUGGACACACUCAAACAACAGAAACAGAUGCUGGAAUGCGACCUACGACUUUAUCAGCAGGGUCAUUCUCAUUCUGAUGACGAGUAUCUCAGCCUGCUAAGACACAAACAGCAGCUACAGAAGCGCUGUACUGAGCAGGUUGAGCGCAUUGCGGAGUGUGAAAAGGCUAUUCUUCAGAUGAAGUCAGAGCUGGAGAGACAAUCCCAGGAAAAAGAAGGUCUGAGGAGAAGCCUCGCUGCAUCCCACCAUGCACACCUGAGCAAUCGUAGCCAGCUGGAACAGGAAGUGACACGUCUGAAAAACGAAGUAGCACACUUAGAGCUUGAGCUGGCGGACACCCAAAAGGUACGCAUGACACUCCUCAGGCAGUCAGAAGAGGAGCUGAAGGAGGCCUGGCGGGAGGCUGCAAAACGGAGCAGGGAGGCGGAUGUGCAGAGAGGAGAGGUGCAGAGGCUUCAGGAGGAGUUACAGGAGGAGGAGGAGAAGAUGAAGACCGCCAUCAGAGAAAAACAGGGCCUAAGCACUUACAUCAGGCAGCUGAGCGAAGAACUGGAGGAGCUACGCAGCAAGCACCAAUUGACAGUGGAGGAUUUGGCAGCCCAUGCAAAAGAAGUGAGACGGAUGAAGGGGUGUCUGAAUGAGAGAAAGCUAGCAGAGGAGAAAAUAAGGUCAGUGGCUAUGAGGCUGGAGAAGGAGUUGGCGGAGCUCAGGGAGAACCUUCAACAGGCUGUCAAUCAGAAACUCAAGGCAGAGAGAGAGAAACAAGAUGCACAGGACCAGGUAAAUAAACUCCGUUCAGACCUGGAGGGGACACGGUCUAACAAUGCACACCUUUGCCAUGAGAGCCAGCUGGUCAUGACCAAUGUAAAGCAGUGGAUUACUGAGCAAAAGGCUUCCAAUGAGAGUCUCACUGCCCAAAUGAAGGCCCAAAACAAGAUGCUGCUCUUUGUCAGCGAAGAAAAAGAACAUCUUCAGGAGGCUAAUGACACGCUGAAGGUGGAGGUAAAGAGGCUGAAAGAAGUGGUGGAUAAGAAGGAGAGAGACGUGGAACGCUUCAAGGCCCAGAUCCGAGACUGGGGCAUCCGGCAAGAUGAGAGAACCAUGGAAAAUCAGAGCUGUGUGGCUGUAAACCUCAGCAAAAUCGAGGAAAUGCAGACCAGACUGCGAAGCAACCUGGAAGCCAUUGGAAUGCUAAAUCAACAAUUAAACGCCCUCAGCGGGGAGAAUAAAUGGUUGCGCAGGCACCUGGAGGAGGAGAGGUCCAUGCGUAGGCAAGCAGAGCAACUGCUCCCUCCCCCUUCCCAACAGUGCUCCUCCGUCCACCUCCCUGUUGACUUUGGUGCCCGCCCACCUCUUCUCUCCUCCUCGCAUCUUUCAUCCCUCCACCUCCCUCAUCCCCUGAGCCUGGACCCAGGGACAGGGUACACUGACGGGAUUCUCACCCAAACUAAGCUGAGCUGA